AUGUCAGACUCUGGUAAUACCACAGACAGGGAGUCUAUACCAACAGAGGCGACUCAACAUGAGCCUGAAUCUCUCACUCAGCUCAAAAGAAGCCUAUUUAUUACCGACCCCACGACUGAGUUUGCUGAGCAGUCACACUUGUCGUAUCUUAUACCGGAGAAUACGGAUUUAGAUCUGGAAGCAACUUUUAAGGAUGUUGAGCCUGGGAAGUCAAUACUUGAUUCAAUCAAACGCAGGGAUACAUUAUUCUUCGACGAGACCGUAAAUGUUCUUCUACUUCUCAGAAGUCCCUGGAAAGAUGAAGCAUCACUCCGCACACACCUCAAUCGGCUAGUCAUAUCAGUCGAAGCCCAGAUCGUCAACAGCAAAACCCAUGGCAAGGAGAACCCUACAGCAGAUACCAUCUUCUCAGAGGAAGAAGAGGAGAGUGAGGAUAGUGAAGAAAGUGGUGAUGAUGGCAACCUAAACCAAAGUGUUUUUGCUGUAUGGAAGUUACCCGUCUUUUUGAGUCGACCUCGUACGCGAAUCUCGGCACCAGCCAUCAUCUUCACGGCAUCCGCGAGCAUGAAACCUGAGGUUUCAACUGACCUCAUUGGAAAGGGGAGUGGCUAUCUUCAGAGCGGUGUGCCCUCUGGUUUUAACCUACUCGAGUCUUUCGGAAGUGAUGCUGCACUCGGCGGAGUGAAGCCUCGGUUGUCUGCGCUGCGAGUAUCAAGAGUUACACCGGUUACGCGGUCACAAGAUGUCACGAAGCAUAUACGAGCUCUGCCUCAGGUCCAGCACAAGAUCUUUCCUGUCGUCCACACGAGAAUCCGGUUUUCAAGACCGACUACGGCACCGACCAGCUCAGCCGUGAUCGCACUGCUCGAAGUUGACUUUACAUCUCAUUUCGAAUGCGAGGUAUCAUUAGAUCAAAUCGAACUUUCAAUUCUCGACGCCACUGUGGAAAACCUCAACAAUGACGCGGGCAUGCAGCUACCUCUUACCUGCGUUUCUCACGAUCAUAUUACGUUCCUCUAUCGCAUAGCUCCCCGUCAGCACGACGUUACAGUCAAAAACCCCAUGCGGGAACUGGACAUUAAAAUCUCUGCUACUGCUCAGGUCAUACCGGGCCGCUGCACGCCCAGUAUGAACAUGUCAUGGUCUACGCAGCUUGACUUUACUCUCCCAGUCAAUCCUGGCUAUGGAUCGGCAACUGCUGGAACUGGCAUUGUCCGCGCCCAUAGACCAUCGCAACUUUCUAUCACAGGCCAAGCAGUAAAUCCCCUGGUAUCGCCAUCUAUCAUUCGCCCAGACGCCCUACCCACUCUCGAGGCUGCCACAUCAAACACGGACGCCUCCAUUACAGAACUUGGCAUAACCAUGACCUUCACCGGUCCCUCUGAACCUGUCUACUCGGGCCAGGUCUUUUCUUGGACCGUCUAUAUUGUAAACCGUGCUACAGAAAAGAGUUCUGCACCUCCUCGCAAACUUGCCCUUGUUGCUAUUCCCAAGCGCCGGCGAGGCGAAGUUCGUAUGACACGGCCUCCCUCAGUAGGUGGUCGACGAAAUGGCGAAAAAGACGUUGCCGAUGCGGUCACCGACGAAAACGUACUCCACGCAUUACAGAAGAACUCAUCCGUCGAGUCAACUGAUGUUGUUUGCUUAAGUGCUGAUACCCGUGUCGGUCCUCUUGCCCCGGGAGCUUGUCACGUCGUCGAGCUUCAAUUUCUCGCGCUACAACAAGGCGUUGUGGGCCUCGAGGCCAUGCGAGUUGUUGAUCUAGGGUCACAGGAACAUGUCGAUAUCAGAGAUUUACCAACUAUGUUGGUAGAGUCAGCAGCGGCAUGA